AGCAACAGUCACUGGAGGUAAAAAUAAAAAUUCGUGAGUGCGUGCACACGCUUUAAAGGGAACACUGUUUGCACACCCCUUUUUGUUUGACACCUGAGAUCCCUUUUGGAGCCCACCUUGCUGUAUAUGCUAAGCAAGCAGACCCGUGAUCCACAGACCCGAUGAGUUUGGCCCAGACUGUCUUGGUAAGGAUCCAUGCAUUUCCUCGGAUGGCUGCAGAAGAAUAGUACAGAGCAAGGCCUUGGACCAUGUGAGCAAAUGCAAGAGUAAGGUUAAGCCAGUCUGCUCCAGCGGAGAUUUUUAACACAGUUCACGCCAAGUGCAGCCGUCGGGGACAAAGUUCUCCUCUUCAAGGGAGGAAAAGCUCCUGCAUAGGCACAGGUGGCUGGCUCUCUAAUUCUCUACGGACCAGAAAGGCCUUAAAUUCCGAGCAGCAUCUUUGAGACAGGCAACAUUCAGGGCUGGCAAGCAUUAAAUCAGGAGUCUGGAGUGGCGGGGAGAAAUAGUUCUCUUUCAAGAGAAACGGCAAGGAAAAGUCGGCUGAGCCAAGUUGAAGUUCAAAUUCGCAGCAUUCGGGAACUGAGGAACUGAGCGAGAGAUCUGGUGGCAGAGGCACGCCGUCCAUCUGAGGGACUGCUCCUCUUCAGGUUGCAGGAAACGGUGUUGGAUCCGAUCUGGUCCAUCUGGAAUGAGUUCCUCUCCAAACUCCGAAGGGAAGCAAGAGAAGGAAAACUUGCCUUGGGUUCACGUUUUCCUGAUUAAACCGAACAGAAAAGGCGAAAGAUGGGCCGCUCUGGGUGUUCUUCACUGGUUCGGAGGCCGGAUGCAGCGGUGACCUCCAGGCGCAUGUUCCCUCCCUUCAAAGUGCGGGUGAGCGGCCUGGACAAGAAGGCGAAAUACAUCUUAUUAAUGGAUAUUGUGGCAGCCGACGACUGCCGCUACAAAUUCCACAACUCCCGCUGGAUGGUGGCCGGGAAGGCGGACCCCGAGAUGCCCAAGCGCAUGUACAUCCACCCGGACAGCCCGGCCACCGGCGAGCAGUGGAUGGCCAAACCCGUGGCCUUCCACAAACUCAAGCUCACCAACAACAUAUCGGACAAGCACGGCUUCACCAUCCUUAAUUCGAUGCACAAAUAUCAGCCGAGAUUCCACAUAGUCCGGGCCAAUGACAUCCUGAAACUGCCCUACAGUACUUUUCGAACCUAUGUGUUUCCUGAAACGGACUUUAUAGCUGUGACUGCCUACCAAAACGACAAGAUCACCCAGCUGAAAAUUGAUAAUAAUCCGUUUGCAAAAGGGUUCAGAGAUACUGGGAACGGAAGGCGAGAGAAAAGAAAACAACUUACACUCCCCUCCCUGCGGAUAUAUGAGGAUCAGUGCAAGCCGGACCGAGACGGAGGUGAAUCGGACGCUUCUUCGUGUGAACGUGCCCCAGUUCGGGAUUCACUCCACUCCCCCUUGGGGACAGCCCCUAGUCCCCUGAGACUGCACCGCAACAGUCGAGAGGACAAGGGCAGCGACCAAGAGCUGGAGAAGCUCCCCGAAGGGAAGCGACGCGGCAGCCCCGACCCGGAGAAUUGCAGCCCGUGCAGCAGCAGCGACAGCCCGCGCUUGCAAGGGGAAGAGAGGAGUAAAGAGAGAGCCGGCAAGGCCCACGAGAGCAGUGCCGUGUCCAAAGAGAGCGGCGGCAGUGAGGGAACCCUUUUCAGCCCCCUGGCCCUGGAGAAGGACAAGGUGGAAGGCCGGAGGAAAGAGCCACCCCAGCAGCAGCAGCAGGAAGGCUCCAAGAAGGAGGCCCCCGCAGACCCGGCCCCCCUGGGGGGCAGCAAGGAGUCCUUUGCCCCGCUGAUGGUGCAGACUGACAGCCCCCCGCACCUGAGCGCUGGACACCUCCAGAGCUUGGCGCUCUCAGGCCUCCACGGGCAACAGUUCUUCAACCCCUUAGGGGCCGGGCAGCCCUUCUUCAUCCACCCCGGACAGUUUGCCAUGGCGCCCGGGGCCUUCUCCGCCGUAGGCAUGGGACACUUGCUCGCAUCCAUGGCCGGCGGAGGCAGCCUGGAGAACGGCGGCCUGUCCUCCACACAAGGGGCGGCCAGCGCGGCCACCCCCUUCCCCUUCCACCUCUCCCAGCACAUGCUGGCUUCUCAGGGAAUCCCGGUGCCUACCUUUGGAGGACUCUUUCCUUAUCCGUAUACCUAUAUGGCGGCGGCUGCUGCGGCUGCAUCCGCCAUGCCGGCCACCAGCGCUGCCACUGCCAGUUCGUUAUCCCGGAACCCCUUUCUGAGCAGCGCCCGCCCUCGCCUGCGUUUCAGCCCCUACCAGAUCCCGGUGGCCAUCCCUCCCAGCACCAACCUCUUAACCACUGGCUUGCCUAGCAGCUUGAAUGCUGGCUCGGAGGGAUCCAAGCCUGGAAGCAGCCGGGAGUCCAGCCCUCUGUCCGAUCACCCUGUGCACAAGUCCAUCAGCCAGCGGGCCUCUCUGUCCCCCAGAGGGUCUCUGAAGGAUUCCAUCAACGAGCUGCAAAACAUCCAGAGACUGGUCAGUGGUUUGGAAACCCAGAGGGAGGUCUCCCCUGGACGGGAGUCCCCCAAGUGACUCCCCACGGCCAGCCCUCCCAGAAGGCCUGGGAAGAAGCUCUGGGGAAAGAGGUGUACAGCACAGUAUAAAUAUUUAUUUUAAAAAGAAGGUUGCGGGGAAUUUGAGAUUGGGUGGAGAGCAAAGGUGGAGACUACCUGGUGCGACGCCCAACAGAGACUCCCAGAUCGAUCAACGGUUGAAGGAGGCACAGCCACGUUAUGGGGGGGGGGGAGUACAGGAGAACGUGGUUGGUUGGUUGGUGACCCCAGGUUCUGGAGAUGAUGCCAUCCAGAAGCCUCCAGAUACAUCUGUCUCCUCACCCUGGUUCUGGCGGGAUAUACAGAGGCAAUGGCUUCUCUUCCACUUUGGGGGCGUAAGAAGUACAUUCUGAAAAAGCAAAAUUGGACGUCCGGUCUACAGUAGGCUACCUAGCACGCUUGGAAGGAGUGAUCUGGAAGACCGUCAUGGUGGAGAAGAAGAAGAUACAGGCCACCUAAUUUUAAUUAAUUUAACAAAAGGAAGAGGGGAAAAACCAACACUGUUGGAAAGGCUGUUUUCUACCUUUCAGGACAGAUUUUCUGAAACGAGGACGUUGCUUUCGCUCUUGUCUAAAGCGAGACUUGGGGGGUGGGUUGGGGGAAAAUGGGUCUUUUAAAUCUACAAACUGGCCGAUUGAACAUGGGACUCUGCUCUGGGAUAGUACAUAAGAGGGCAACUAAACUUCUAGAACUGAUAUCGAUCCACCCAUCUACCCAUCUCUUGGAAGACCAUAAAAAACAAAUUCAGAAAUGGUACAAUCGGCGUGACAUUUCUUUUUCUCUUUUUCGACUCUACCUGUGUAUCAGAAGAAGAAGAAAAGCAUAAUAUUUAUGGAAUAAAUGGUAAUUUGUGUAAAUAAGCUAUAUGGAUCCCAAAAUAUGCAAAAAUUGGUAUUAAUUUAUUCAGAGUUGUACAUUGGAGUGUACAUAUUAGAGUUUAACACAUCACAUUUAAUUGUUUUUUUUUUCAUUUUACGUGAGCGCAUACAUGUUGUAUAUGAAGACCUAUUUAGCUCUUUGUCAAUGGAAGAAAAUAUCGGUUUUCUUUUACUUUUGUGUCUAAAAAGAACUUGUUUACCCCGCCUGUUUGAAGACAAUCACGUGCCAUCAAUACUGUUUUGAGGUCGCGAGGAAAAGAAAAAAGGCAUUUUUAAAAAAGAUCUUUUAAACAGACUCCAUGGGGAACAACAUCCUCUCCCAAUCUAUUAUAAUUUUUUUUUAAAUAAAAUAAAUAACAUUGAAUGAUGGGGAGAAAACUGUUUUACAGUGCGGGGUAUACAAAAAAUAAAAAUAAAAAAUGCAGGAAUAAGCCUCAGGUUUUUGUUUUCCACUCCAGAACAACAAGGAAAAAACAAACCUUUAAAAACUAUACUAAAAUUUAACACGUCACAUGGGCAGUGUGCUUUAUAUUGUUUUAAUUUUUCUAAACGACAUGAUUAGAAAUGUGCCGGUUGUUCGGGUAUCUAUCUGUUCAAUUUUUUUGACGAGUUCUCUCACAUCUUUCAAUAAAAAAAUAUUCAAAGAA